AAGAAUAAAAUAAAAAUUCAAAUAAACACCUCCCAGAAAUUAAAAGGGAUUUGCAGAGAAUUGAGAGAAGCUGGCUUGAAUGGAGAUAGAGGCGCCAUUUAUGACUACACCAUCUGACCGCGGACCGUUCUUAGAAGUUCAACGAAAUGAUCAAUGCCAUAAAAUAGAGACACGUCAUUCUCAUAGGAUCAUUACACCGUUAAAGUAUCACACAGAAUUUUCGCCUCAUCUAUCUCCCUGCCUUUUUCAUAACAUUUUCAUAGAGAGAGAGAAAAGAAGCUGAGUUUGGCUAAAACCUCCCUGAGCUGUACAAAGCCGUGAUUUCCAACUCAGAAAGAUCUUUUAUUCUUUCUCUCUCUUUCCGCUUGUGAAGUGGCUGUGGAUCGUUUGGACGCCGUCUUCUUCAGCUGAUGAAAAAGCUGCAGCCAAUUGAAGUAUUUCUUUGUAUUCAGUUAAAUUGAGAAGAGAUGGCAAAUCGACUGAAGGAAGAUGAGAAGAAUGAGCGAAUAAUUCGAGGUCUUCUCAAACUUCCAGCGAACAGAAGAUGUAUUAAUUGCGACAGUCUGGGGCCACAAUAUGUGUGCACAAAUUUCAUGACGUUUGUUUGCACAACCUGUGGUGGGAUACACCGGGAAUUUACGCAUAGAGUAAAGUCAAUAUCGAUGGCCAAGUUCACUUCACAAGAAGUUAGUGCACUUCAGGAAGGAGGAAAUCAGCAUGCAAAGGAAGUUUAUUUUAAAGAAUGGGACCCAAAAAGCCAUUCUCUCCCUGAUAACAGUAAUGUUGGCAGGCUCCGCAACUUUAUUAAACAAGUUUAUGUGGAUAAAAGAUUCACUGGUGAGAGGACCUAUGACAAAUCACAGAGAGUAAAUACAGGUGACAAGGAUAAUUUCUCAGUAAACUCGAGAGUUCAAUCAUAUCAGGGUGAUCCUAAAAGUCCACCAUAUGAUGACAAAUAUAAACACCGAUAUAGUGACAGCUCUAGUCCGGGUGGAAGAAGUCCUGGGUAUGAUCAAGAAAGUAGGCAGUACAGUAAUGAUAAGAGAAAUCCUAGUCAUCCUCCGAUCAAUGAUUGGCAUCAAGAAGAUAGAUUUGGAGAUGGAAGGAGGUUUGAAGGUCGUAUGGUAUCUGAUGGAGAUUAUAAGCUGGAAGGCCAAUUGCCUGGGCAAGCCAACAACCCGGAUUCCUCAAGCCCACCUGUGGUUCGGUCUGUUAGAGAUAUUUUGGGAGAAAAUGCAGCGUCUCUUCAAAUGAGUAAACCCUCUGAAACGAAUAGUAAAAAAGCUAAUGAUGGCUCAGCUCUCACACAGAGGACUGUAUGUUCCAGUAGCUUGACAUCCAACAUUGGAAACCCUGCAGAAGCUAAGCUUGAGACCCCUAAGAGUCUUAUUGAUUUUGGUGCUGAGCCUGAGCCUCCUCUGGCUCCAGCAAUUACACACGCCCAACAAACUAUUGCCCAAUCCAUUGUGGAGCAACCAAAUUCCAGUGAUGUCAACAAUUGGGCCUCUUUUGAUGUGCCCCCAGAAGUGAAAGCAACUCAAACUCCUUCAAAUGUAAAUUCACUAGAAUCCAUGCUUUCCCAAUUGUCAGUAUCAUCAUCAUCACCACCAGCUCAUGCUUCUCAAGUCCAGCAUAGUUCCAGUGUUGUAGUACCCAUUCCUGGGAGCACUAUGACAUUACAAAGAACUGGGAACUUAUCUGUUUCACCUGCUGGGCCUGCACCAGCACCAUCUCUUACUGCUACUGUUGUUGGAGCUGCACCUAUCAGCACCUUUGCGCCUAUUCCAUCCAAUAGUGCUUUAGCGUCACACCAUCUGCAGCCUUUGUUCCCUCCCAAUGUUGGUCAGUCUUCAAAUUAUCAGUCUACAUCACCACCAGCAGGAGCAUUAAAUAAUCAGCCAUGGGGUAUACCUCCAGCACCAACAAUGCAAGGCCAUCCAAACAUGUCACUGCUACAUGUGUCCCAUGUUAUCUCUAAGCCUGCCACUGAGACUAGCUCUAAUGCGGCUUCAGGAUCGCCUUUAGAAGUAAAACCAAGUGGAAGGAAAGAACUUCCUGAGGAUCUUUUUACUGUAAAGUAUUCUUACUUUCCUGCUGCAGUUCCGGGGUGGCAAAUGAUUCCUUCUCAUGGGAUGGGAACCUCAAUGCCAUAUAAUGCUGUGCCCAUGCCAAGUCUUCAGCGACCAUCAAAAUCAACAAAUCCAUUUGAUAUUGGCGAACCACCAGUUCAAACCACAGCUUUUGCUUUGAGAUCAUCCUUGCAAGGUGCUCUGCCAGGGGUAUCAACUUCAGGUUUAAUGCCUCCUUUAAGCCUAAGUAAUCCAUCACUUGCGUGGAAUCCACCUGGGUACGGAUUAAUGCCACCCCAACAAAUGCAGCCUCAUCCAUCAGCAAUGACAACAAGACCUUACAUGGGGCAACUAGUGCAAACGAACAUGGCAAUGCCAAGGCAUCAAGAAAUUGGGAGCUUUGGUGCUGAGGGAGCCGCUUUUGGCUUCUCAAACUUGAAUCAGCAUCUCUCUGGUACAUUUUCAGCCUCUGCUUCCUCAAAUCUCUCUUCUGCAGGACGGAAUCCAUUUGGAUGAUGCUAAGAACGUUUCUGCAAGGCCACCAAAGUUCUCAACCCAAGCACCAUCUUUUGCUCUCUGUACAAACUAGAGGUUUGCGGUUUUCCACCCUCUGUCAUUUAUAGCUAACCACAAGUGCAAAGAGAGAGAAAGAAAAGAAAAA